CUGACAAAGUAUUAUAUGUACUGUCUUCUGAGUUGCUGAUACGCCCCCAAAACAAAAAGCCUUUUUUUCCCGACCGAUCCUCUCCGGCCGGUUUAAACAUUAAACAUUAAUCCCCCUCUCCGGCGACACUCUGCCGUCAAAUGAAUCACCUUUGACUUUUCAUUAUUUUUUUCUGUCUUCCCCAAUCACCUUCUUCUUUGUUCUCUCUCCUUAGAACUUCAUAAAGUAGUACUACUUGGGAUUGCUGUAAAAGAUGCUACUGUUUCCUUCCCGAUUUUCAUGAUAAAGUUGAAGGAUCAAGGAGGAGCUUUGGUGGCGAGAUCCCAGAUUUUGAUUUUGGAUGAAGAAGGAAGAAAACAGAAUCAGAAACCUUAGUUACAGUGAAAUUUCAAUCGGCUGUCUUUGUUUGAAGCAGUAAAGAGAUAAAGGUCUGUUCUUCUUCAUGGAUUAAACAGAAGCUAGACCAGAAUCAAUCAAUCAUGAUAGAUGAUCUGAAUGUUUUCAGUAGCUUAGAUAAAGACCAAGAUUGUGAAGCUGCUUUGGUAGAAGAUAUGAAAAGGAUUCCAUUGUCUGAAAUGGAUUCAACUAUGGAUGAAGAUGAAGUUAGGAACCGUAAUGAAUUGUUUUCUGAUAAGAACAAUCAACCCGAGAUGAUGGUUUGCUAUCAAGAGAAUUCCUAUGUUAUCAAGGACAUUUGCAUCGACGAAGGAAUUCCCAAGGACAAGAUUUCGGGCGAUGAUAAGAAUGAUGACUGUGAAUCCAGGAUUGAGAAGAAAAUCGACAUACACAUACUCAUUUCUAAGCGAGAUAAUGAAGAGAUUGGUGAAAAUGAGUCUUGCAAUGCUUCGAAUACGGAGAAGCAGAAAUCGAUAGAAGAUUUCAACUUGAAUGGAAAUGCUGAUGAACUGGAAUAUAAUCAGGUUCCGAUUUUGAAAGAAAAUUUGGGCAGUGUUACUCCAGCCGAAGACCAGUUGGAGAUGGAGAAGACAUUUACCAAUCCUGAUUCAAACUCAAAACGUUCACCAACCUAUGGUGGGAACUCGAGAAGGCACGAAGAAGGCGGUUUGGACAUUUCCAAUGGUGAAUCGAGUUUUGGUCCUGUUUCAGGGCUGAUAACUUAUUCAGGGCCAAUUUCAUAUGCUGGUAGUAUUUCAAUUCGAUCGGAUAGCAGCACAACUAGCGCCAGAUCUUUUGCUUUCCCAGUAUUGCAAUGUGAAUGGAAUAGCAGUCCAGUGAGAAUGGUUAAAGCUGAUAGAAGACAUUACAGAAGGCAUAGGGGAUGGUGGAAGCAUGGUCUACUUUGCUGUAGAUUUUGAGCUUAUUUUACUUUGUAGAUAUUUUUUUAAAAAAAAAAAUUCUCAAUGUUUGUUUUUCUUGAUUAAAAUUAUUAUUAUUAUUUUGGUUUGAUCUUGAUUGAAAAUUCUAGGCUUUUAAGUGUCAAGGGAUCUGAUGAUUAAGUUAUUGUUGAAAAUUAUGUUUAUUUUUAUUUAACUUAGCAUAGAUUUAUAAGAGAAUUGAUAAGUGAUUGCAGGUUUUGGCUAGUGA